AUGUUCGAUUUUUACCAAAGUUCGAAAGUAAACAGAUCAUACCAAGCGUCCAGUACACUUCAACUGGUGAAGAUUGCAGUGCAGAAAGAGAUCCAGGCCGGGGCAGUGCUCCAGCAGGAGUUUAUAGUCGAGUUUGUCGUGGUGGGUCAGAUGUGUGAUGAUUGUCACCGGGUUGAAGCCAAGGAUUACUGGGGAGCAGUAGUACAGGUACGACAGAAGACAGACCACAAGCGGACAUUCUACUACCUAGAGCAGUUGAUGUUGAAACACAGAGCUCAUGAGAAGACUUUAGGCAUCAAACCAGCUCAUGAGGGUUUAGACUUCUACUACACCAAUGAACAAGGUGCAAGACAGUUAGUAGACUUCCUCAUGUCAGUUGUUCCCUGUCGAUGGACACACUCCAAGAAACUUAUCUCUCACGAUAUUCACUCCAACUCUUACAAUUACAAGUUCACCUUCAGUGUUGAAAUUGUAACGGUUUGUAAAGACAGUGUGGUGUGUCUCCCUUCCAAGCUAGCUCAUCAGCUAGGUGGCAUUGGACAGAUAUGUGUUGUCCACCGUGUCACCAACCAUAUUGGACUAAUUGAUCCUUCUACUGCUCAGUGUAUGUUAGAAUUUCACAGCCAUCUUGUUACUCAUUAUUCCACUUUUAUAAGGUGACCCCACAAUAAUAUGGCAGACUAGUACCUCAACACCAAGUAGCAAGGUAAACUAGUACUGCCACACUUAACCCUUUGUCUGUCGCAACCCCAAAUCCUGAGGUGUCUCCUGGUGUCGCAAAUUAUUUGAAAAAAAAAAAAUCUUAUGAAAUGAUAUAGAAUCUUUUUCCGAUAGUAAUGACACCAAAAGUAUGAAAUUUGAUGGAAAACUUACGGAAUUACGCUCUCGUGAAGUUAGCAACCUUGGCGGUAUUUACGAAUCAGCGAUUUCGCCCACUUUGAGGCCUAUUUUCGGCUAAUUCCAUUCUUCCAGUUGACCAAACUCAUAGCUAUUUCUUUAGAACUUCAUUUGUUCUAUCGAUUGAGUACAAGAAACUGCCCAUUUACCAAUGUCAACUACCCAUUAAAGUGGUCAGAAACUGGCAGUUUGGCCAAUUUCAUGCAAAUUAAAAAAUAUGCCAAUUUCAAAAUAGGGUCUAGAAUGAACAAUGCAGACAUUCCUAGCUCUAAAAUAACAUUUUCUUUGUUCAUCAGUCA